CACCACCCCAGGAGGCUUGCAUCUCCGUAAGACCACUAUGCAAGUCAUCAGUGAAAGUUACCUGUCGUUCAAAGGCCAUGCCCCUCCUCCUCGCCUGGCUUCAGUUCUUGCUUUCAUUAUUGAAGCAUUUCGGAGGACCAAGAGCAUUGAAAUGUGUGACGUUCAGCUGCUGCUCCCUGCUGUGUUGAAAUGCCUUGUGCUGGUUAAUGAACCACAAGUUAAAAAACUGUCUACAGAGAUUCUACAGUGUGUUGUAGAAGGCUGCCAAGCGGGGUCAGGAGGAGAGCUUGCCACCCAGCUGACUUCUGUGUUUAGGCAGUUUAUCCAAGAUUACACUACUGUGUAUGAUAAUCAAGUUUACAGCAUAUUGGAAGCAGUGGCAGUCUUGGACCAGUCUCUAGUUAUCAGCCUGAUUCCUGCUAUGACAGAGGCCCUGAGGAAUUCAGAGUACAAACAAGGUCUUGGCAGAAACGCUGUGCAAAGAGAAGCCUAUAAAAGACUCUUAUCUCUGCUCAGAGAGGCUGGACAAAUGGAAAUACUGAAGCUGGGAAAUGAAACGCAUUAGCAGCACACCGAUUCUUAUUUUCCGCACAGUCAUCGCAAGGAAUGCUGGUCCUUUAUGGAGACUGCCAAUUCCCUGUCUACAGGUGGAUGCUGUCUUAGCUUUAAAAUGUGUACUCUGUCCCUCGGCAGCCUUUGGCUGUAACGUUUUAAUACUGCAUGCAACGUGGGC